AUGAAACAUGCGCGUCCUCCAGCGGAAUUAUCACUCAAAGGCGGGCCAGCCGUACGGGCCGAAGCGUGGCGUCAAUGGCGGAGGCUAUUCGAAGUGUUCUUAAAAGUAUCUGGAGUGAGCAAAAAGCCUAAAGAGAUUCAGGCUAGUUUGUUGGUUAACCUCAUCGGCUGGGCAGGAUACGAGGUGUUCACCACUUUUACUUUCAAAGAGGGCGAAAGCAUAGACGACAUCAAUUGCGCGAAAAGAAUUUGA